GUCUCCCCCUCAGCCGGGCUGCGCGCGGCGGAGCAGCGGUAAGACCAUGGAGGCUGUUCCACAGACAUGGCCCCGGCCCGGUGGGGCCUCCGCCGCUGCCGCCGCCCCUGCUCCCCUCCUGCCGUUGCCGCCGCCCCCGGAGCAGGAGCGGAAGCUGGAGCAGGAGAAGCUGUCAGGGGUGGUGAAGAGCGUCCACCGGCGGCUGCGCAAGAAGUACCGGGAAGUGGGAGACUUUGAUAAGAUCUGGCGUGAGCACUGUGAGGAUGAGGAAACUCUGUGUGAAUAUGCUGUGGCAAUGAAAAACCUUGCAGAUAAUCACUGGGCAAAAACUUGUGAAGGGGAAGGCCGAAUUGAAUGGUGCUGCAGUGUAUGCCGAGAAUAUUUUCAGAAUGGUGGGAAAAGAAAAGCACUUGAGAAAGAUGAAAAAAGAGCACUUCUUGCUUCCAAGACCACUCCAGCUUUAAAUGUUCCCCAGACUCCCAAGAUUGAAGAUCCCUUGCCAAACUUUGGCUUGACAAAUCAUGAAGCUAUAACGGAAGAAUUGCUCCACUCUUUGGGGAAGAUCAGAUUACUUGAUGUUGGUAGCUGCUUUAAUCCAUUUCUGAAGUUUGAAGAAUUUCUGACAGUUGGCAUAGAUAUUGUUCCAGCUGUUGAGAGCGUAUACAAAUGUGACUUCUUAAAUCUUCAAAUUCAGCAACCUCUCCAACUUGCACAAGAUGCUAUAGAUGCCUUUCUUAAGCAACUGAAAAACCCCAUUGAUUCUCUACCUGCAGAACUGUUCCAUGUCGUUGUUUUCUCACUCCUCCUUUCUUACUUCCCAUCACCCUAUCAGCGAUGGAUAUGCUGCAAGAAGGCACAUGAACUUCUCGUAUUAAAUGGCUUAUUACUUGUAAUAACUCCUGAUUCAUCUCAUCAGAAUCGCCGGGCUAUGAUGAUGAAAAGCUGGAAAAUUGCCAUAGAGUCCUUGGGUUUUAAACGCUUCAAGUAUUCCAAGUUUUCUCACAUGCACCUGAUGGCAUUUAGGAAAACUUCCCUGCAAACAACAAGUGACUUAGUUAGCAGGAACUACCCGGGAAUGUUGUACAUCCCACAGGAUUUCAACAGUGUAGAGGAUGAGGAGUAUUCCAACACUUCCUGCUAUGUUCGAUCAGAUACAGAAGAUGAACAGCUAGCGUAUGGUUUUAUGGAGCUACCCGAUGCUCCUUAUGACUCGGACUCUGGAGAAAGCCAGUCUAGUUCAAUUCCUUUCUAUGAGCUAGAAGAUCCUAUAUUGCUUCUAAGUUAAUGUAGUCGUUGAAAUGCCCUUUCAGUCAAACCUCUUGCUUAACUAAUUUUGCUAUACUAACAUGGGCUCAACACACACAAAUGGUUUGCAUAAAGAAAAUGCAAAGGUUUACAGAGUUUGCUAUUUUUUUCUACUUUUGAAUUUUAAAAUUUAUUCUUAUAUGAAAGUGAAAAAGUACAAGUUUUAUGCAAAUGACUCAUGUCAUAGCAUAAAUUGCUGUUACUUUCUUUAGAUUUGUAUCACUAAUUUUUUUUUUUUCCCAGAAAGGUACCAUUCUUUUCUUUAGUGCUGUGAAGUGUGAAUUCUAUUUAAUUUGCUAAAUGUUGUUUCAGUAUUUUAACUCAAUGUGGUUGAGCUUAAGGCACUGGAGUUGGUGGGCUUCUGAGAAGUAUAUGUAGGAAGAAAUAAUUCGCACUUUAAUUAAUGUGCAGAUAGGUUAAGACACUUGGUUACCCAUGUCCCUUCUUAAUUAUGGAACAAAACUUUUUUCCAAAAUUUGUUUCACUCUGGUUAAACCUGGGCUGGAGAAACUAUAAUGCUUGCACAUUUGAUUUUACGUUUAUUGCAGCCCUCUUGAGAUAACACCAAAUUGAGAUAACACCAAAACACUGGAAUAAAUUCAUCCAUAGUUACAUAUACUGCAUAAUUUCAUUGCAUAAAUAGUAGUUAGACAUGAGAUUUCUGAAGAGGUUAUCUCCCCCCGCCCUGAGGAGUAUGGUACGUCAAGACAAUUAUGUUUCACUUCAAAGCUGGAACAUGGUUUUGCAAUUUUAUGCGUGUACAAACACUAACAUAUAUUAGUAUUUCCCUGAUGAUGGUGUUCUGUAUUCUCUUCAAACUGUGUUUUUUGGGGGGACAGGGUUCAUUUUGUCAUGUUUUAAAGUAAAUUAUUUAUGCAUUUUAAAAACAAAUAACUCUUUAUUUGUCCUUAUUUGUAGACCUCCCAAGUAACUACAGACAGAUUUUGUAAAAAGGAACAUAAUUAUACAAGUUUCUCAAGGAUACACAUAUUUGGACCCCAAAAUCUUCUGUUUAGUUAAAUAAAAACUCCAUAGCUGUCUGAAAACUAGUCUGCACUGUAAGGAGAUGGAACAGAAGUGUUUUACAUCUAUUCAGUUUUUUAACUUGUGUAAUAAAUUUGUGAGUUUUUGCAGGAAAAAACCCAAUUGUGUUCAGUGGUAAACAUAGAGGAUUCAGUAUUAGUUUAGCUCAGAUUUCCCUCCAUUUAAAAAUAAUGGCCAGAACUUUCAGAUAUGAAUGUUAGGCUGUUAAAUCUAUAUGUAAGUGCCUAAUAAUAACUGAUUUGAACUAGGUGCCACAUCAUGGUUUUAAGACUGACUUCAGCAAAAUGGUAGAAAAGACUAAUAUAUAGUUUCACAGGUGGUUGUGAUGAAAUAUACCUUACACCAUAUUAACCUACCAUGUUGUAUUUAUAAUACAGAAGUUACCAGAUAAACUGAAGUUGUAGUGUGGAUUUUACAGCGAUUGCUACAAAAAUGAAACUUACUCCUUCCAUGGAAGUUUUGCACUGAAAGUGUCACAGUUUGACCUACCUGUUUUUCUUUUAUACUGUCUCCUACAUAGAGUCAUCCCACAUUGGUCCAGCUUACACUUAAACAUGAUCUGGACUGCAAUGCUUUAUUCUUUAAAGUAAGCUUUUUGUGUCUCUCUUCUUAAAUAUAAAGCAUCCCCCAAUACCUGAUUCAAAUUUGUUAUUCAAUCUGAAUGAUGUAGUUAUACAAACCAAACAAUUAUAUUCUGAUAUGUUAAAAAAAAAAAAGCUUAGACAUACAAGUAUCAUGGUUGACUUUUUAAUUUUUUUUUACAGAGAAUACUUCUCUAAUUAAAUACACAAUGGCUUUGAAAUUGGCUCUAAGUCAGUAUUUGCAUCUAAUGCUUUACCACUUCACAUUCCCUAAAAUGUUUGUCAGUCAGAGCCUUUCACCUUCCCAGUUAACCACUGACUCCAGCAGUGCUCAUGUUAAAGCUAAAAUAUUGGUGCUAUAAAUUCAGCUCUUUAUGGAAACUUAAUCUGUGCAUACUUCAAAGUGUACCUAACCAGCUAACAUACAUGUUGGCAUAGGUUAAUGUAAAUUAGUUUGUGAUUCAUACAAAAAGGCAAUUCAGACCAAGAUUUAUCCCCCAAAAAGAGUUUAAAAUAUUAACAUUUAAAAUUUAAACCUUGGCAUGUUGGUGACACCAUUGUAUUUGUGGUUUAGGGAGCUGAGAUUCAUAAAGGCUUGGGUUUUUUGCUGCUCAUUCUAAAUACCUGAAGUGGUUUUUUGUUUGUUUAGGGUUUGGGGUUUUUUUUUGGGGGGGGAGGGUUGGAUUUUUUGUUGUUUUGUUUUUCAAGGGACAGUAGAUUGUGGUGGAGGAGGAAAUUUACACAAAUACUUAUACCUGCCUGAACAAUAAAGUGGUGAUAUCAGGAGUUGUUGGGUAUUUGACUUUGGUGCAAGAAGAAUGUUUCUAGGUUAUGAAAUGUUUGAAAAUUAUGACUGUGCAAGAGAUUUGUUGUUAAGUUGCUGGAGAAGAAAAGGAAAAAAAUGUAUAUUUGCAUUUCUGUUGUCUUUAUGUCACUACUUUUUGUGAACAAAGCACAUUUAUUAAAAAAAAAAAACAAACUGAAAAAAA